CGUAGCGACAUAACGUGACGUGAGGUGUCUAACAAGUAGCGAGCCUACACGCAGUGACAAUGAAUCCAUAUCUAUACAAUUUACAGUAGUUUCGUUUGUACGUUUGAGGGAGAGAAUCGAGUGAAAGCAGACUUCGACUUCGAAGGAAGUAUCUGGCAGUCAGGAGAUCAACGAUUCACUCAACGCGCUCAAACUCCUGGUCUGGAUUCAAUUGUUUUCGUCUCGAUUCGUUCGCGCUUAAAUUGAAAGUUUAAUUUCACUGAGAAUGUCUACACGGUAUAUAAAAAAAGUGUACGGCGGCGAUGUGCUGACCGAGACGGACAGCGAAAAUGAGAGCGCACUAGAAAGUUCGUUAAUCGGCAACGUUAAGUCAAAGGCGUUCAACCUGUUCGACGUACUAAAUCAGAAUUCUGAUACUAAUGAAGAGAAAGAAACUGAAUAUGAAGAGGAAGGAGAAGAAGGAGAAGGAGCAGCAAAUGAGAAUAACACUGAUAAAGCUAAGCGUAAGAAAAGAAAGAAGAGACGGAGAAAGAUAGAGAACUCUAGAGCACAAGUUGUCGAUGCCAAAGAGGAGGACGUGGAUGAAAUUGAAAGGACGUUGAAGGAAGUGAACAAGUUACUUGGGGAACCACUUCCAGGUUGUAGCUUUCAAAAUGCAGAGAAUUUACAGAUGGAACAAAAGUCCAAGGAAGAUAUUUUACUAGUGCAGCAUAAACACUUGAAUCCAUACAACGAACUCAAAAGAAUUUUUGGUAGCAAAACAGUGAAGGCUGAGCAAAACAAUAGAAGAAAUAGAAAUAGUCGUUUUCGUCAUUUGAAGAAAACCUGGUUGGUUUCUGCCAGAGAUAAUUGGCCACCGAUUACUAAAUUUGGUCUUUCAAUGUCCUUCGAUCAUACAAUGCAGUUUACCAAUAAAGUUCAAUACUUUGUGUACGAUCACAGUCCGUCAUACAGACAAGUACAGUUAAAAUUUUUGCAAGCUGUCGAAAGUUUAAAUCCCGAAAAUAUUGUGAAUAUAAUCAAUAUCCAUUCUUAUCACAUCGAUGCGUUAUUACAACUAGCUGAACUAUGUAAACUCAACGAAGAUCUAGCAUUGGCGGCAGAAUUCACAGAACGAGCUCUGUACUGCUUAGAAUGUUCUUUUCACCCGCUGUUUAAUAUUACGACUGGUCUGUGCAGAUUAGAUUAUAGAAAACAACAAAAUCGUGCUUUAUUCAUAACUUUAUUUAAACAUCUCAAUUUUGUUGGUGGACGUGCAUGUUACAGAACGAGUUUGGAGUUUUGUAAAUUACUUUUGUCACUUGAUCCAGAAGGCGAUCCAUUAGCUGUAAUUCUUUGUCUCGAUUUCUAUGCUUUAAAAGCAAAAGAAUAUAAAUGGUUCAUCGAAUUUUGCAAUUUUUGGGAUAGUACAAGGAAUUUAACGCAGCUGCCAAAUAUAGCGUUCAGUUUAGCUUUAGCCCACUUUCAUUUAGGCAAUGUAACUCUCGCCAAUGAACUUUUACAAAAUGCUUUAAUAAUGUUUCCGGGCGUAUUGAUGUCGUUAUUGGAAAAAUGUGGUAUACAAUCCGAUGAAAUGGUACAGUCUCAUGAUUAUUUUAACACUAAGGCAAUAAUUUCAACUUCACCAGCUCUAGAGAAGCUACAAAAUUUGUACGUUGUACGUAACUUUCUUCUGUGGAAAGAAGCAAAUUUUUUGCCCUGGUUACGCGAAAACGUACACACUGUAUUAAAUCGUGUUGAUUCGAAAGAUGAUUAUGUAAAAUAUUGUGAGAUAAAACGAAGUAAACGUUACCAAGGGAAACUACCAAAGAAUAUUUUGCGGCAUAUUAUAUUAUCCGAUAUAAAAGAUAUUACCGUGAGCGUCCAAGAGGUACAAAAUGAUGGCUCUGUUCUUUCGUACGAUCCUUUACCACCUGUGGAUAGUAUUGAUAUUUACAAACGAUCUACUACACUUACGAGCACAAGUAGAGCUAGCUCUAAUCUUUUAUCUCUCUUCUUCUCCUCUUUAUUCACGGAUAUUAGUGGUGAUGUUGCGGAUGCCCUUGAAGGGUUAAAUCUAUUCUAUGUUAACAAUGAAGAAACAUAAGAUUGGUUCCAGUUAUUCCAACGUAGAAUGACAAAUCAGAGUACAGGAAGUUUGUUUUCAACUGAGUAAUACUAAAGUGAAGUUACAUGUGCAUAAAUAUUUUUCAAACAACAGCUAUUUUUAUGAAAAUGACAUACAUUUCAUAUUAGGUAUCUAAUAUUUAAUAGUGAACAUAAAAUUUUCUUUGUCCUUUUUUAUUGUUAUUAUUAUUAGUAACAUUAUUAUUACUACUAUCAUCAUUGUAAUUGUAUAAUAGUUUCACGUAUUUGAAACUUGAUAUACUCUGAUUAUAUUCGUAUAUACAUGCCGAUAUAAGGGUAUUAUACACCUAUUUUGAAAAGUUGUAAAUACCUAAAAAGAGAGAAAUUUAUAUAUACAUAUAUAUAUGACUUCAUAUACAUGUAUGUAAAAAUACAUACAUACAGGAUGUUUCACCUAACUUGUACAGUUUAAAUAACUUUAAUUACGCGUCUGAUUUCAACUUUUGUAUACAUCAAUUUUUCAUUGGACGUAUAAUUUUGAAGUUAUUUAAAGUGUGCAAGUUGGGUGAAACACCAAGACAUACAUAUAUGUAUACUAUGUGUAUAUAUGGUACGUGUACAUUAAUAAAUAAACAAUAUUACAAAGUUA